GAUAUCUUGAAAAUCCAAGAUGGCGGAGUCCAGGUUGAACAUCACGGACUACUCCAGCCUCGACACGAGGCUAGAAGAGCUGGCAGAGAACAUCAACGCCAUGUUCCUUCUCUUCAACGCCAUGAUCGUGUCACUGAUGCAGGCGGGGUUCGCCUGUCUGGAGGCAGGUUGUGUCAACUCCAAGAACGUCACCAACAUCAUCAUGAAAAAUGUGCUGGACCUGUUCAUAUGUGGGAUCUUCUACUGGCUGGUUGGCUACUCCCUGGCGUACAGUCCGGGGAACAUGUUCCUCGGGUACACCCUGUGGGCAGGCGUGGGGAUGCCAGAGGGGCGGCUCGCCCAUUGGUUCUUCCAGUUCGUAUUCGCCGCCACGGCCGCCACCAUCUUGUCCGGGGCAGUCGCAGAGAGGUGCAACUUUGCCGCCUACAUCGUCUACAGCUCCGUCAUCUCAGGGUUCGUGUACCCUGUGGUGGCUCACUGGGCCUGGGCUGAGGGAGGACUCCUGGCGGAGAUGGGGUACCGGGACUUCGCCGGCAGUGGGGUGGUGCACGCCCUGGCGGGGGUGUGCUCUCUCGUGGCCGCUGCCUUCAUCGGACCUCGCACUGGACGCUUCCAGAACGGCGUGGCGGUGGAGAAGCCAGGUCACUCCAUUCCGCUGAUGGGCCUGGGAGGACUCCUGUUGAUCUCAGGGUUCCUGGCGUUCAACGGUGGCUCCCUGGGGCACAUCACGGAGCCUGGGGACGGGGAGAUUGUGGCCCGAUCCAUCAUGAACAGCAUCAUGGCCGGAAGUGGAGCAGCGGUCGUGAUUCUGGCCCUCUGCAAGUUGGGACUUGUGGGGCCUUCCACUUGGGCCUUCAGCACCACCCUCAACGCCACUCUGGCCGGCAUAGUAUCAGUUUGUGCUGGAGUGGACGUGUUCUCUCCUCUUGGUGCCAUCAUCUCGGGGGCAUGUGCCUGUCUGGUCUAUCUGCUAUUCAGGUUUCUGGUACUAUAUGUUAAAGUGGAUGACCCUCUGGAUGCUGUAGCGGUCCAUCUCGGUGGAGGACUCUGGGGGUUGAUCUCCUUCCCUCUAUUCGCCCGGGGUGGAAUUGUCUACGGGGUCAAUGGUCAAUCAAUAGCGCAACUGUGGCACAACCUGGUGGGGGCUAUCAUUAUCAUGGUGUGGUCAGCGAUCUGCAGCGUGAUCCUGUUCGGCAUCCUGAGAGUCACUGGUUACCUACGGGUGUCCGAGGAGCAGGAGCUAGAAGGUUUGGACAUCGCCAUGCACAACGAGCCCGCCUACCCCGCGAAGGGAUGGACUCAAGCUCAUUCGCUGCAAACUGUGGAUCAACAGACAUACCAGAAGCAUGGAAGCUACACCCUGAACCAGAGCCACUUGAGUGCCAGACCCACCCUCGCCUUCGACAACAUGGCGCUGGAGCUGGACAACAGACAGAGACAGCGAUAACACACGUACUCUCUAGGUUACGUUGGGCUAGCGCUCUUCGACGCCUUUUUCAGAUUCUGGCUCGAGGAUCGAUCGUAGAAUAAAAUUAUUAAUUACAUUGAAGUUGCAAAGUGGUGCUCAUGUCGCAUGAAAAGUCUUUCAAACGGUACUUUAUUUCUUGUUUGUUUAAACAUGUUCCAUCUAUCUUGAACGCUUUUGGUAAUCGGUUAGAAUCAAUUAAUUACUGCAUUGCUAUGGAUAAUUCUAUCUCUGAUAAAGACUUGCACAAAGUGUUGGGUAUUAUGUGUAUAUACUCACACGUUUACUUAACAGAUUACUUCAGAGUUAAGAGGGUUGUAAUAAAAUGUUUCAUACCAUAAAUUUCAAAUUCGCCCUGUUUAAUGCACAUAAGUGUUUUAUUACGGAUAAUAUGCUUAACGUUAUCCAAGGAAAAGCAUAUAAGCAUACCUAUUAAUAAGUUUUAUUUCAUUCAUUUUCUAUUUUUUGCCAUUACAUCUAGGCAAAAAUGUAAUAUAGUAUUUGCAAGACAUAUUUGUUGCACUUGACAAAGAUAUUUUAUAUUUUUUAAUCUAGACUAAUACAGUAUUUUUCACAAAGUGAUAUAGUAGUAAUUCUAGACGUUUAAGCUGUUGGAGAAAAAUUGUACGUUCAUAUACAAAAAGUCCCGGGACGGUUAAAUAUUUUUGAAAUGAUUUAAGAUAGAGCUACAAAACCUGGUACAGACUUACUGACAAAAAAUUUAAUUUAAUAAAUAUCCAGUGAUCCCCCUACUUCCUCACAAGGGUACGACCCACAAGAAGUCAGAAAAAAAGCUUUUAAUAUAAGCAUAGGUUUGUAUGCACAUCAAAUUAAAGAUCUUUAUUAGUAGAUUACAAAGCCGCAAACCCGACCUCAAACGGACAACCGAACCGGAAAUAGCAGCCAUUCAAAGAUGGCUUGAACGUUCAGUUAAACAAUGUAAAUAACAAACUACAGAUGCUUGAAUCAGUGUAAUUUCAUCUCUAGACUAUGCCAUUGUAAUGGGAUCCAGCAAUUAUCAAUUGAUCUGGUUU